CAGUCGUUGUACCUGUAGCCAAUACGAUACUCGUACUCCAAACAUGCCUCCACCAGAAAUGCCUCUCUCCUUAGCACUCGUACCAAAUUUGAACCCUUGACAUCGGAGUCCUGUCCACUACAAUUGCCCCUACUAAACCGUUACUUCUUCCCGCAUUUUUAUCUUGAGUCGAAGCUCCCAUCCUCUCUCUACAUCUUGUACUCCUGGGUUGUUUGUUACGACGCUCACCUUGUUUGUCUAUCUCUCCCCCUCUCUUUGAUUUCCUGUCGUUGUGACCGGUUGUCCUCUAGAAGAGCUUCUCUCCUGGUGUUCGUUCCCGACCACGACACCUGCGUCCCAACAAAUUCUCAAGCUCUCACCUUCACCCGCCUCUGCCGUCCUACGCUUCCCUGGGUCACCUAGACUCUGACCAGAAAGAUGACAACGACCGCGUUGCCCGCAGAGAUGGCUCUGCGCCGAAUGGGAACCACCGAAUCCACCCCCAUGUCCUCGACCAACAUCUCUCCUCUCGAUAGUCCGAGAUCCUCUCCCUCGUCAACCUCGUUGUCCUCUCUUGCGUCGGAGGAUGCCCUUGAGCAGAAGAAGCCUGUCUUGGAAAAGAAGCAGCUGGUUGACACCUAUGGCAACACCUUCGAGAUCCCAGAUUACACCAUCAAAGACAUUCACGAUGCCAUCCCCAAGCGUUGUUUCGACCGGUCUGCGGCCACUGGUCUCUACUAUGUUGCACGAGACAUCGUCUCUCUGGCGACCACCUUCUACCUCUUCAACCGAUUCGUCACGCCAGAAACGGUCCCAUCGACCCCGUUGAGAGCUGGUCUCUGGUUUUUGUACACCGUUGUGCAAGGUCUCUUCGGUACUGGCUUGUGGGUGUUGGCCCACGAAUGUGGUCACCAAUCCUUCUCCAAGAGCAAGGUUCUGAACGAUACUGUGGGCUGGUUUUGUCACUCGGCGCUGUUGGUGCCGUAUUUCUCGUGGAAGAUCUCUCACGGCAAGCACCACAAAGCAACUGGUCACAUGGAACGAGAUAUGGUCUUCGUUCCAUCCACCAGGCAAGAGUGGGCCACGAGGAAAGGCUACCUGCUUCACCAGCUUGAUGAACUUACCGAAGAGACUCCUCUCAACACCGCCUACACCCUGAUCUCCCAGCAAUUGGGAGGCUGGCCCAUGUACCUGCUGACCAAUGUCACUGGUCACAACAAGCAUGAGGUCCAACGUGAAGGACGUGGUGUCGGCAAGCAAAAUGGCUUUGGCGGUGGUGUCAACCAUUUCGAUCCCAACAGCCCCUUGUACGAAGCAAAGGAUGCCAAGUUGAUCCUCCUCAGCGACCUGGGUCUUUUGAUCACCGGAGCGAUUCUUUUCUGGGUCGGCAAGACGUAUGGAUUCUCGAACCUUUUCGUGUGGUACCUGGCUCCGUACCUCUGGGUGAACCACUGGUUGGUGGCGAUUACAUUCUUGCAACACACCGAUCCAUCGCUCCCACACUACACACCCACUUCCUGGACCUACACUCGUGGUGCGGCCGCAACCAUCGACCGUGAAUUUGGCUUCAUCGGACGUCAACUCUUCCACGGCAUCAUCGAGACCCACGUCCUGCAUCACUAUGUCAGCGUGAUUCCUUUCUACCAUGCCGACGAGGCCAGCGAGGCCAUCAAGAAGGUCAUGGGCCGUCACUAUCGCAGCGACACCCGCGGUGGACCUGUUGGGUUCAUCAAGAGCAUGUGGAACUCGAUGAGAUGGUGCCAGUGGGUUGAACCCUUGGAGGGAACCACUGGCGAUGAGGCUGGUGUCAUGUUCUUCCGCAACCGAAAUGGGCUGGGUCUGCCACCUGCCAAACUCCAGAAAGCUGCCUCAACCUGAGCUGCUUUUGAUUAUGACUGCAUUCCGCUCUGGAGUUUUUAUGCUCUGAAUUAUGAUUGACAGGGAAGGGAGGGGUUAAUUGGUGUUGCCUUUUGGACUGAUUCCACAAAGUGGCUUGAGUAGAACAUCAGCGAGAACUUUUAGACCGACAAAAAGAGAAAGACGACAGAUAGACAAGAUAUCCCAAACCUGUCCAUAGUAUGAUAAAAGACCGUACCCGUAUGGAGUAACGUAAAAGAAUGAGAAUCAAAGAGAAGUACCUUUGUUCGAGUACGAGCCCGAGUCCGAGGUUUUCACGUCUGGAGAGAGUUGAGCAUAAUUAGUACAGGAGAACAGAGUACCAGAUGUGAAAUCUACAAGAGUACGAAGACUCAUAAGUCUACCUAAUGAAUGUCUCGGAUGGUUAGAUCCGGGCUGCUGUACAAGUACGCGGCCUUUGCAUCAUUUCUACUCCAUCAGGCACGUACUGUAUCUUCCUUGAUCGACGUGGGCCAACAACAUUGGAGGGAUUCAAUGCUGCCCCUGGUACAAGGCUAUCACUUGUUCGAGACCUUUUUGCGGAAUACGAGUACGAGUACGAUGAUACUGGAUGUUUGAUUUGCGGUUCUACUCGAAGAGAUUCUUGUGAUCAAGGACUCGUAUUCGAUCCGAGGAGACACUUCCAUGCGGCCGAAUGAAUGUGAGGACUGACUAGGUAGGGGUUUGAUGAGCCUCGUGAUCUGAGGAGCAAUUGUUCAUAGCCGGCAUCUAGUCAAAUGCAAGACCGUCGAGUCGAUAUUUGUG